AUGAACUCUUAUUGCAAUACACAGGAUGAGCUCAAGGUAGAAAAGGCAAUCUUCGUGGGCAUCUCCAUGGGGGCAUCAGUCGUUUUGCAAGCUGCGCUCUCACAUCCUUCCCGUGUUGCAGCUCUCGUUGUCAUCGCAGCUACCGGCAAAUCCGCCACCCCAGAGCAGAAAGCGGCCUUUGAUCAGCUUGCGCAGAUCUGGUCAUCCACUCCAACGCCGUCGGAGGAGAUCAUGGAUGCUGCUAUUCGAAGCUGGGGUGGUGAUCCUGAUGUGACCGGUCCUAGGGCAAGGCACAUCAAGGACUAUUGGGUGGAGAGACAUUCUGGCGCCGACAACAUCAAUGCGGUUCUGGAGAGUAAUCAAGAGCGUGAGGAUAUCAUCGCUCGCUUGGAGUCUAUUCGUUGCCCAGUGCUGAUGAUACACGGCGAGAACGAUGAGACCUACACGUUGGGAGGGGCAGAGGAAAUACGAAACGGGCUUCGCAAUGUCAACGUGCAGUUUGAAGUAAUCAAGGGCAGUGGACAUCUGGUAAUCGGGAUGAGGGACAGUCAUGAUGUUUCAAUGCUGAUUAAAGACUUUGUGAAUGAGGUUGCUCUGACUGGUUAA